AUGAGUUUCUGUCCUCAUGCUAGCUCUUCUCAGGAGCAGGAGCUACCAAAAAUUCCUGUUUUGGAUGCCAAAUCUGUAUCUACUCAACAAGAUCUGCAAAGAAAAUGGGAAGAGACACUGGAAUCCUUAAAGGAAAAUUACAGCAGGAUUCAAGAAGAGUAUUGCAACACCCGUCACGCCAACCAGCUGUUAGAAGAGAAAUUUCAGUGGAUUGUACAGACUAUGGCCGAGGAAAGGCAGACUUGGAACCAGCGAAUCGCUGAAUUGGAACAGCUUAUCAGGUUCCAAAACUUUUUUUGCGUCUCGGAGAAAAUCAAUGUUUCGGGUCUGCUCCCCAAAUCCGGCAUCCAGGCCCAGCCUGGGGGAGAGAACCCCAUGGGUCUUCCUUCUGAACCUCUCUUGGAUGUCAUUCCUCCCCCUCCUCCUUUUAAGGAUAGAGACUCCAGCACCCAGAGCAGUCCUGCCUUAGCUGAUUUGACCCUUGAAAGCAGCAAGCUGGGCCGCAGCUCGGAAUUUGACCCAGCCAGGUCUCUGGGGGACUACGAGGCCCAUGGACCUCCUGUUGCCAAGAGCUACCUCCACCCGUCACCUCUCUCUGCUUGGAAGCCCACGAAAUUCUGUCCUGAGUGCGCGAGUGUGACGGAGGAGGAGUACGGCAGGAAAGGGAGGGGGCUGGUCUGUUCUCCCCCCUGCUUUUUAUACCUGCAGGAGGCCUCGACACCCUCAUCCACUGCUAGCCCUUUGCCAGACCCAGAACUGGGGGCCUUCCCCAUGCUGCAUCCGCCUUACCUGUCUGGCCGUCCAGCGGCGAGCGAGCAUCCGGCUGAACGGAGCAGAUGGGGCCGCUCGGAUCCUGCCGAUAUCUCCCGGAGUCUUGGCUUGGUGGAGAAGAUAUUGAGACCCCAUCUGGAGCCUCACCGGAGACCAAAGAUGCUGGACAGCUGUGGCUUGACCCCCAAGCGCUCGGAGCAAGAGGAGACCCCAGAGAAGGGGACUGUCCGGUCCAGACUCCAUUGCGUAACCGUGCACGAAGAAGGGAGUGGCGAAGAGCUCUCAAGUCCUGGAGAGACGGACUCAGAGGGGAAGCUACGGCCCAGGCUUCAGCAUAGGGGGGCUAUGCUCCCCCAGCUCAGCAAGGGGGGAGGAAGGAAGGGGCAGAAUUUUGCCACCGUCCAAGACUCGACGUCGCUGUGAGAGGCAAGGUCACAGCCCCUCCAUGCCCCCCCCCCCAGCUAAGACCCCUAGGGCUGCAGGUUGCAUUGGUGUCAGGGUUGCAAGUAAUACAUCCCCUUCAAUAAGAACUCUGAGGCAGGCAUCUUUCUCAAAGAACAUUUUAUUGGGACAUAUCAAAUUGGCACAGACUUGGUGGAAAACCGGCUCUGAAUUCUCGCCAGUUUUACACCCGAUUAAAAGUAAAACGUUGUCACUUCCCCCCCCCCACAGUCACAUGGUCCAAUCAGCAUGUAGUCCAGUUGCAAGAUGACCUCCGUCUUCACCUUUCGAACCCCUGCACCAACGUCCUCGAUUCCCAGGGGAAAGAAUUUUAAUUAGGCUACGACACCCCAGCUAUCUCUACACCCCACUCCCUCCCUGGCCCCUUCGCUCCAGGCUGUGAAGUUUCCAAAAGAUGCCCUAAUUAAUUCAUGAGCCAUGAGCCGAACUUCAAAAGAAAUACAGUCAUUUAUUAGGAGCACCAUUUCGGCAAUAUUCGGAUGCACUUAGAACUAAUCCCACGUAGAUUUACGUUCCCCCAUUACCCUGUCUCUCCCCUCCUCCCUGGCCACAUCAUAAAUCACAUUCUCCAAUUAAGCACUUUGGCUGGCUGUGAAAUCCAACACCCUCCUUCUGAUUGCGGUCAGGAAGAAUGUAUGGAAUGCACUUCAGUUAGGGAAAUCAAUCAGCUCUAUCAGUUCUCCCUCCCUCCUGCUCAUGGCAACUUGAAAGCUUUGCAAGUUGACAGUCAGCCCUGAAGCAGUGAGAAGAAAAAACCUCCGUAAAGGUGAAGGUUCCCCUCGCACAUGUGUGCUAGUCGUUCCUGACUCUAGGGGGCGGUGCUCAUCUCCGUUUCAAAGUCGAAGAGCCAGCGCUGUCCGAAGACGUCUCUGUGGUCAUGUGGCCGGCAUGGCUCAACGCCAAAGGCGCAUAGAAUGCUGUUCCCUUCCCACCAAAGGGGGUCCCUCUUUUUCUACUUGCAUUUUUUACCUGCUUUCGAACUGCUAGGUUGGCAGAAGCUGGGACAAGUCAUGGGAGCUCACUCCAUUACGCGGCGCUAGGGAUUCAAACCGCUGAACUGCUGACCUUCCCACCAAAGAUGGUCCCUAUUUUUCUACUUGCAUUUUUUUUUUAACGUGCUUUCGAACGGCUAGGUUGGCAGAAGCUGGGACAGUCACGGGAGCUCACCCCGUUACGCAGCAGCACUAGGGAUUCGAACCGCCGAACUGCCGACCUUUCGAUCGACAAGCUCGGUGUCUUAAGCCACUGAGCCACCGCGUCCCCUAGAAACUUCCCUAGAGAACUACAGAAAGGAAAAUGGCUGCAGUUUGGCCAACUUCAGGGAUGACAAUCGGUUGUGUUGCAAUGACAAAAUUGUGAUGGGGUGGAAUUUAGUGCAGAGUGGCAGGAGGAGGGGUGUGUGUGGGGGUUUGUCUUUCCUAAAGAGGAAAGAGAUGACGCCGCUUGGAAUGUCUGGUAGGGAGAAAGACCGUGAGGUGCACCCUCCUGUUGUGGCUCCAUUGCCUGAGCCUGGGCUAUCGACAGAUGCAGACUCUGAGAGUGAGGAAGAGGAGUUGGCAAGGCCUCCCUCUCCAGGACCCUCCUCUCUGGCAAUGCCUCCGGAGGACACCGAAGGCCAAAAGAUAGGCUCAGAGCCAAGCACGUCCCCGCAGCCACAGGUGGACAGUGACGAAGGAGAUAAGUGCUGGCUGGACCCUCGCCAGAGGCGCAGGGAGAAGCAUGCGCAGCAGAGGGGAAGGCGUGCCAGAGAUUAGCUGAGUCACUGGACCACACCCCACAGGGUAUAAAUGUGGGUGUGGUGGCCGGUUCAGUUUGUGAUGAGCAAAAACUGGAAAUAAUCCAUGAUCUCUGCGUUACUGGACUUUGCCUGCUUUAUCGGACUGCAUUUGGAUUAAUCCUUGUAUUGUUGACACUCUGCCUGUUUUAUCGGAAUGCUGGCAGUCUAAUCUUUGUUUUGUGUGAGUAAAGUCUGAAUUGGCAGCUAGCCACUGGGUUGCUGCCAGCUUUAUCUUCAAAGAGUUUUGUCGUAUGGCUUAUUAACUCCGGGCCGUCCGUGGGGGUGCGUGUGUGGUACGGGGACAGAACACCUCCCUAGCAGUUCACAGGGUGUAUCUAUAGUUACGCAGAUAAGUACUUUAG